AUGGCGACACCAGUCGCUGCGGCAAAACAGCAGCUGAGAACAUUGAUCAAGAAGCGUCUCGCUAGCCUCUCGCAAGAUGCUGUUCAAGCUCAAAGUCAUGCCGUCUUUGACACCCUGCAGGCUUCAAAGCAAUACAGAGAAGCCAAACGCAUAAGCAUCUACCUUGCCAUGCCAGCAGCAGAAGUUCAAACCGAUGCCAUUGUUCGCCACGCUCUCAAUGCUGGCAAACAAGUCUUUGUGCCUUACCUUCACAGGUCAACGUUGUCCGAGCCCGGCACACCUGCUCGCAUCAUGGACAUGGUGCAACUACGCAGCAUUCAGGAUUACGAGUCUCUAGGCCGCGAUCGAUGGGGCAUUCCCAGCAUCGAUGAUGCCGCCGUUGCUGGUCGUGAGCGAAUAUUGGGCGACUCACCCGGCAAAUUUGGCCCCUCCCCGGCUACCCUGGAUUUGAUGCUGGUUCCGGGCGUCGCCUUUGACUCAGAUGCUGAGGUUGGGGCUGGUAUACGGCGCCUGGGGCAUGGAAAAGGAUUCUACGACUUCUUCUUGAACCGAUACUUUGCUAGAGUCGCUGAGCAUGGCGGCCAUGGCGAGUCGUUGCGCCUCAUUGGCUUGGCUUUGACGGAGCAGUGGCUAGAGCCUGGAGAUGGACAAGUCCCGAUGGGUAUGUUUGAUAGACGAUUGCAUAGCUUAAUUCUUGGCAGUGGCGAAACAAAGACAUAG